AUGCCGGCCGUCUUCCUGGUGGUGCUGAUCUUGGGUCUACCUCUCAACAUCCUCUCCCUCUGGAUCUUCUACCACCGUCUGCGGCGUUGGACCCGCAGUAGCGUUCUCCUUUUCAACCUGGCUCUGGCCGACACCUUCUGGCUGCUGGCCCUACCCGUCCUCAUCUACUACCACCUGGACCACGUCCGCUGGGGCCUGGGCCGACCCCUCUGCAAGGCCAUGCGGCUGUUUUACCACAACUACUUUUACCUCAGCAUCUACUUUGUGGCCUGCAUAAGUGUGGAUCGCUACUUGGCCAUAGUGCACCCUCUGCGCUCCUUGGUCUUACUGGGCCGCCGGCAGACCUAUCUGCUCUGUGUGACGGUGUGGGUAGUCACCGUGGCGCUCAGCUCGCCGGUGGUCAACAUGUCGACCACCCAGCUGUGUCCUAGGGACAACCGCACCAUCUGUACCCUGUACCUGCUGCUGGAGAACACCGUGGAGACCAUGCCCUACUCCCUCUGCUGUACCUGCACCGGGUUCCUGUUCCCCCUGGUCUCCAUCUGCUACUGCUGCCUGCGCAGUUUGAAGGAGCUUCGUAGCCGUCCGCACCACCCCCAUCGGCACAACAGGGGGCGCCGUCUCAGGCGAGUGCUGAGUGCCGUGUUGAUUCUUUUCGCCUUGUUCUACCUGCCGUACCACCUGACCCGAAACGCCGCCAUCAUCUUGCGGAUGGUGUACCCAAACGACCCUACUUCCUGGCGGUCCGUGGACAUGGCUUUCUCCCUGGAGAUGUGCCUGUGUAGCCUUAACACCUGCAUCAAUCCGCUGUUCAGCUGCUUUGUGGGUCGCCAGUUCAGGAAGGAGUUCCUGGACACGUUUUGUAGUCUCUGUCACAAGCGUCCGCGACCAGGCGUGGUGACAACCUCACAACUGCACAAGCAAGGGCAGGGAACCAUGGGACAUGGGAUGAAUGUUGUCACCCCAUUGUAG